GCCCACAGCAAGAUGGAUUCUGGAUAUACUCUGAGUAUUGUAACAACCACCUGGAUGCUUGCAUGGAGCUCUCCAAGCUGAUGAAGGACAGUCGCUACCAGCACUUCUUUGAGGCCUGCCGCCUGUUGCAGCAGAUGAUUGACAUUGCUAUCGAUGGUUUCCUUUUGACUCCAGUGCAGAAGAUCUGCAAGUAUCCCUUACAGUUGGCUGAGCUCCUAAAGUAUACUGCCCAAGACCACAGUGACUACAGAUAUGUGGCAGCUGCUUUGGCUGUCAUGAGAAAUGUGACUCAACAGAUCAACGAACGCAAGCGGCGUUUAGAGAAUAUUGACAAGAUUGCUCAGUGGCAGGCUUCUGUCCUAGACUGGGAGGGCGAGGACAUCCUAGACAGGAGCUCGGAGCUGAUCUACACUGGGGAGAUGGCCUGGAUCUACCAGCCCUACGGCCGCAACCAACAGCGGGUCUUCUUCCUGUUUGACCACCAGAUGGUCCUCUGCAAGAAGGACCUAAUCCGGAGAGAUAUCCUGUACUACAAAGGCCGCAUUGACAUGGAUAAAUAUCAGGUGGUUGACAUUGAGGAUGGCAGAGAUGAUGACUUUAAUGUCAGCAUGAAGAAUGCCUUCAAGCUUCACAACAAGGAGACUGAGGAGAUACAUCUGUUCUUUGCCAAGAAGCUGGAGGAAAAAAUACGCUGGCUCAGGGCUUUCAGAGAAGAGAGGAAAAUGGUACAGGAAGAUGAAAAAAUCGGCUUUGAAAUUUCUGAAAAUCAGAAGAGGCAGGCUGCAAUGACUGUGAGAAAAGUCCCUAAGCAAAAAGGUGUCAACUCUGCCCGCUCAGUUCCUCCUUCCUACCCACCACCACAGGACCCGUUAAACCACGGCCAGUACCUGGUCCCCGAUGGCAUCGCUCAGUCGCAGGUCUUUGAGUUCACCGAACCCAAGCGCAGCCAGUCACCAUUCUGGCAAAACUUCAGCAGGUUAACCCCAUUCAAAAAAUGAUACCUACAGGGAGGCAGAUAAUUUUAAAAUAAAGUAAAUAAAAUUAUAUUUAUAGAUGGACCUUUUUUCGGAGAAGCACUGUUGAAAUUUAUACACACACACACACACACAGAGACCCUUGAUUGAAUAUACACACACACACAGACACACACAGACACACACAAAGAGAGAGAGAGAGAGAGAAGGAACAAAAGCAUUUUCUGUUGUUUUGGGGAAGUAAAAUCUGUGGUUGGUAGGAAGACAUAUCAAUGACUUCCAAACAUGUGAUCCUGUCUUGAAAGUUUUUUGUUUUUACCCUGUCCCUCUUCCCUUUGCUUUCAGAGAUUGACAUUUCUAGUCAUUUCUUUUCUUGUUAAAAUAAUCUCUUUGCUCCCCUGUGAUUCCUUGACUUGUCAUUAUUACCACAGAUGUGUUCGUAUUUUUUUUUCUCAUUUCUGAUGAUACUAAUGUUGAUGAAUUUUUAAUUCUAUUUGAUGUGGUAGAGUUGGGGGGUUUGGGGUUUUUUUUUUCCCCUCUUUUACUUUUCAUUGAGGAAGGGGAUGAUCUCCUUUCUCCUCUCCCUCAGCCAAUUAUUUGCAGAAGCUCCUUCAGCCCUGCAGUUCCCCCCAAAUGACCUUUUUCCAGUAUCCUCUGUCCUCAGUCAUGCCAGUCUGGACAUGUUCUGUUGUGCCCUGUGAUAUAACUGCUCGGUAUUCCUAUUGCUUUUACUGUGUUUUAGGUACUAUGGAGGGAUCAAACACCCAAAUAGAAGCAAGGGAGUAUCAGACUAUAAUGAUGCUGGAGUGGACUUCUGUUUAGGAAACAUUUUGCAUUUGGGCUGUUUCUUCUAUCGCUAGGGGUUCUCAUGUUGCAGCACUGCUGGGUCAUUGCAAUUUUGCAUCUAGGAGUUAGUUUGAACCAGUUAUUCUCUUUUUCCAAGCCACUUUUGUUAUAGGUAUCCUCCUAGGCCUGUCUCUCCCUUAGCUGAAAAGAUCUGAACUGGAAGCAAAGAAGUUGAGACUCUGCCUCCCAGGGGAGGGAUUUACCUGCCUCCCAGUACUAAAUCGGUUUAGGGCAGGGAUCCCUAAAGCAAUCAGUUCAGUGUCCUAGUUGUUUCUGCUCCCAUUUACAGAUGUUUGGAUAGCACUGAUAGGAGUAUGGAGGAGUUUUACGACAGAGCUCACUUGACCAAGAUCAUCAGCUACCUUCAAAUUAUUGACUUGGAUAGGGUCCAAGACAGAUAGUAACCUUUUACAGGAAAGAACAGGGAUGGGCAUGGAAAGAGAUAGCCUUGAUCCACAGUAUUGUACCUGCAUUUUCUACCACCCCAAAAUUGUGUGACUUCUCCCAUUGUUAACAGAUUGCAUGGACAAUCUUACCUGGCUUCUUUCCCUCUCUCUUUCUUCUUUCUCCUGCCAUCCUAGCACAUGAGGAUUUUUGGUAUUGAUAUAGUUAAAGCUGUUCUGGCACUCAGAGAAGGCCCUGUUUCCAACAUCCUCUUAUCCUCUCAUCCCAGGACAUUUGGGCAAGUGAGUAAGGGCCCAGGGACUAUUUUCCCUCUGAAUAAGCAGUCUGAGGAAGGGACUCAAAAGUGAACCCUCAGGCUCACUUUUGGCCAGUUUUCUGCUUGGGAAAAUCUAACUUUUUUCACAGUGAGGCAGGCUUCCUAUGGAUGUAGCAGUACUUGUUUUUCCUCCACACAUGGCCCUUUUCAUGGAUAUACCUUGAACAGCAAAAAGAAUGGGGCAUAAAGGAAUAAAGAUAAACUCUUCUGUGGAGAGCAAGCCACUGUAGCAUGGAAUCUGGAGAUUGGGAGUCUGUCCUAAACCCCAUGGGAGAAGACUUCAUCAUGAAAGGACCUCACCUUACCAACCAGCAGCCAUAACUGUGUGGAGGCUUCAGCAAUAGCUAGUAUGUUUACUGCUCUAUGCCUCCUGAUCCAGACCAGGCAUUGCCCAGCCUGGGAAUCCUUUCUUUGUGGGAAUUCAAUUAUAAGCUGUUUAAGCUUCUACUCUAUCACAACCAAGUCAGACUUGUAUAAUAAGUCAAAGAUGAGCCUGAUCUGGGGAGAGGGCCAGGGCUCGGGACUGGCCAUCACUGUUCAGCACAUGACCUAACUACAUAAGCCUCCAUAGCAAGGGACCUGGUGGCCAGCACCCAAGCUAAAAUGUCCUCUCUGGCAAACAGAGUGUUUUGGUAGCUGUGCAGGCCUCUCUUUAGUGUACCUCUUUUUUCUACUUUGCACUCCUCCUCAGUAGGCUUGGCCUUGACAUGCUUCUCUGGGAGUUGGCAGCACACCAGAAGGGGAUGCUUGGUCAAGUCUCUGGGCCUACAUUUUUUGACUAGGCCCUCUCAUUUCCUCCCUCCUUGGGGCUUGUACCCAGGGCUCCAGGAUCAGGGAUGUUACCUCUCAACCCUCAUUUCUCCUCUACUGAACCUACUGGGCUCACGAGAUGCCAGUAACUUGUGAACAACAAGAAAUCAUCUCCCCAUUGGUUAGAGUAUUCCCUCAGCCCAUAGCAUCAAAGCAGACCAGUGGCCAACAGCCCCAAGGGGAGCUCAGUUAAAUACCUGGGUUCAGUGUCCGAACCUGUUGUGUCCCAACAGCAAUGGCAACCCCAAGAAUUCUGUAAUCCUCCCAUUUCCGCAUGGCCCUGAGCUCCCCUUUCCUCAGCUCAACGAGACUAGGAUUUGCUCUCCAAGAAGCCUUGCUAAUGUGUUCUAUGGGACCUGCUGUGGGGAGUCCUAGGACAGACAUCUAAUUAUUCUCUUUUUUUCUCCCCUCUCUCUCUGUGUAUAUUUCUAAUGGAUCUAUAGGAACAGCAACAAGAGAGUUCUAACAAUUCUAGUGUGAAGCCAAAUAGUGAUCUUUUAGUGCUUUGGGGAUGGGGUGGGCUGGGGUGGAUGGAUGGGCAACAGUGACUUUGAUUACCCUUGCUGCUCUGCAUUUGCCAGUUUAUUCUUUUGUUUCUCUUAUCUGACUGUUUGACUCUGUCAAACAAGUGUCAAAGUUGUGUGUUAAAAAAAUGUUUAACAAAAAAAAAUGUUGUAAUGACACAAAGCCUUAUGAAAAUAUUUAUGGAGUUCAAUAAAAGAAGUAAAAAG